CAACAUGAAUGAGCCAACUCGUAAUGAUAAAGAAGAAGAAUUGCCUAUUCAUGAAGAAGUGCAGCCAAAGAGCACAAUCAUGUCUCGGUAUGUGAGGCCCAUUGAGUUUGUCCUUGAGGGUUCCGACCCACCUGAAAAGGCAGAGAAGAGACAAAAGGUAGCUUCCAACGGGGAUGAAGUUGCUUCCAUUUACCGUAGCAUCAUUUCAGCUGUGCCAAAAACGAUGAAAAGAGUAGAACCCGCUGCUGUCUCUGAGAAGCCAUCCGUCGAUACCAUCUGGUGCGAGAGUUGUAGUAUGCUGAUAGAUAAAUCGGACUAUAAGCGGCAUAUUCAAGGGACAGCGCAUAUGGUAAGCAAUCAAUCAGAACCAGCACCCGACCUACUGAAUCUGAGUGGGAGAAAUGUUGGCUUUAAAAUGAUGAAAUCACAAGGCUGGAACUACGAGGAUGGAUUGGGCCCAGAGGGUCAAGGGCGUCGACAUCCCAUUGCUACUGUGUUAAAACAAGAUCGAUUAUGUAUCGGCCAUGAAGAAACAGGUCGUAAGGUCGUCACACAUAAGUACAAAGAGAUUGAAAAGAAGGCGAUCGCUCGACAGCGAAUGGAUGCCCAAAAUAAAAAGGAUCCUGGAAAGGAGAUUGCACGGAAAGCUAAAGCAGAGUCUGAAAGAAGAGUUGCAAUUUUGCGAUACAUGAAAGAUUAAAUGCAUUUAGCAUUUUAUCGCACACAAGUUUUUUUUUUUUUUUUUUUGUAUAUGGAAAAAGUUUAUGAUACUCGGUUCGCUGAUCACUUCUUUUGAUAGUCUGCACUGUUUUUUUAUGCAUUAUACAAUAAAAUUAGUCCAUGGCUCAUCCAUGUCUGCUGUUUAUGCUUUCA